GCCCUCCCCCUCUCCCUCCCCCUCCCCACCCACCUCACGAGGUGUUGGCCAAUCGCCCCAGCGGGCAUAAAGUGGCUGCCAGCCCGCAGGGCUCCCAGCCUGGAGGUGUCACCCCCAGCAGGCACGGGUCAGAGCUCAGGCACCCAGCAUGCGGGCACAGCUUACGCAGAGGAUGCUGCUCAGUCUGGUCCUCGGACUCCUGUUUCUGAGCACAGCGGCCACGGGCAGCUGCUCGGGCAAGUACCAAGGGCUCCUGGAGCAGCUCCGGAGCCAGGCGGACUACAUGCAGGACACCAGCAGACUCCUGGACCCUUAUAUCCACAUCCAAGGCCUGGACACGUCUGGACUGAAAGAACACUGCAAGGAGCGCCCCGGGGUCUUUCCCAGUGAGGAUGCGCUGUGGAGGCUCAGCAGGUGGGACUUCCUGCAGAUCCUAAAUGCCACGCUGGGCCAGGUCCUGCACAGAUUGACCACUUUUCAGCAGGACCUCCCCCAACUCAAGGACUUGGGUAUGGUGAUGCUGUAUAUCCGCGGGUUCCAGAGCAACAUCCACUGCAUGUGCCAGCUGCUUGGCAGCUCCUCGGAGGCAGCUAAGCCCACUCAGGCAAGCCCGGCCCCGCCACUGCCCACCCUCGCCUCAGACGCCUUCCAGCGCAAGUUGGAGGGCUGCAGGUUCCUGAGCGGCUACCACCACUUCAUGCACUCGGUGGCCCAGGUCUUACGGGAGUGGGGGAAGAGCCCGCGCCGGAUCCGGAGACACAGCCCCCGCCAGGCCCUGCAGAAGGGGGCGCAUGGGACCCACCUCUUCAGCAGAGGCAGGAGACUGGCGCCCAGCGGGCAGCUGCCCUGGUAG